AUGCCCAGCCCAAGUAAGAAGAGGAAACUGAACGAUCAGUCGUCAACCGGAGUGCCUUCGAGAGGCUUGGAAUACUUUUUUUCUAAGCAGAAGCAGAACGGCACGUUGUCACCAAAACCCGCGACGGAGUCUGUUCCUGAAGCUAUGCCAAAUGGCACGGGAUCAGCCGACCAGCAGCCGGAGUUGACGGAUGAGGAGCUUGCCAGAAAGCUGCAAGCGGAAUGGGAUGCUGAGGUGCAGAAUGAAAGAGCAAAAUCCACGCCGUGUCCCGAACCAGCAAAGGACCCAAGUCCACGGUUAAAUGAGACCAAUGAGGGGGAAUCUACCGAGACAAAGUCUGAACCGAACGGGUCGUCGGCAUCCUCAGUUCUCCCAAUCGUCACACCGACGACGAAGACGCUCUCCCUAUCCUCCGUGGCAAAUGCUGAAGACACGGUCUCAGCAACCAUUCCUCUGGACCAAAGUCCACUGACCUUUGAUCCUUCAGCAUAUGUCCCUCAGUUGAAGGAAUCAUGGGCAGCCGAGGGAGGGCACGCUUCAUACGCAUUCCUCACCAGAUGCUUCAUCUUGGUAUCUGCUACACAAAGCCGGAUCAAGAUCGUGGACAGUCUGGUCAAUUGCAUUAGAGUGCUGAUCGAAGCUGAUCCGGAGAGCCUACUGCCCGCAGUCUGGCUUGCAACUAACUCCAUCUCGCCCCCUUUUAUCUCCUUGGAGCUCGGUUUGGGAGGGUCCGCGAUUUCUAAGGCGCUGAAGCAGGUGUGCGGAUUAGACGGCCGCUCUUUGAAGACACUUUACGACAAGCACGGUGAUGCUGGUGAUGUUGCAUUCGAGGCGAAAAAGAAGCAAAGCUUUACUCUGCGGAAACCCAAACCCUUGACGAUCAAGGCUGUCUACCAGUCACUGGUCAAGAUUGCCAACAGCCAAGGCCAAGGAAGCGGUGAAGCAAAGCAGAGGAUUGUCGAUCGACUCUUACAAGAUGCUCGCGGUGGUGAAGAGAGCAGGUUCAUUCUACGUAUUGGUGCCGUCAAGACCACCAUGUUGAUCGCUCUUUCAAGAGCUUUCCUCCUGUCCCGACCUCCUGGGGCUGAGUUCCCACUACGAUCAGUCAGGGACCUUCAAAAACUAAAGAAGGAAGAGCUCGCUGAAGUAUGGAGCAGGCCAGAGGAAAUACUAAAGGCCUGCUUUGCGCGACGGCCCAACUACAACGACCUUGUACCCGUCUUGUUGGAGAUUGGCGUCUGCGAUGAGCUACUACUUCGUUGUGAUUUGACGCUACACAUACCACUCCGGCCCAUGUUGGGAAGCAUCACGAGAGAUCUUUCCGAGAUGCUCACGAAACUCCAGGGUCGAGACUUUGCCUGCGAGUUCAAGUACGACGGCCAAAGAGCUCAGAUUCACUGUGAUGAAAAUGGCAAAAUUUCAAUCUUCUCAAGACACCUCGAACUCAUGACGGACAAGUACCCCGACUUGGUUGCAUUGAUGCCUAAGGUUCGCGACGAAGGCGUCAAUAGCUUCAUCAUGGAGGGCGAAGUGGUGGCCGUGGACAGCGAGACGGGAGAUUUGAAGAAUUUCCAGACGCUGAGCAACCGAGCGCGGAAAGAUGUCGCUAUCGGCAGCGUGCAGGUCAACGUUUGCAUGUUCGCCUUUGACCUCAUGUUCCUCAACGGACAACCCUUACUAAACCGGCCCUUUCGGGAAAGAAGAGAGCUCCUGCGGUCCAUGUUUAUCGAAGUCCCCCGCCAAUUCACCUGGGUGAAGAGCCUGGACGCUACGUCACAAGACUCGGACACCGUAUUGGAGUUUUUCAAGGCCGCAACCGAUAUCAAGUGCGAAGGUAUCAUGGUCAAAAUCUUGGAUAACUUGACUGAUGUCCCCUACCAAGGUGACGGCGCAGUAGAUGCGGACGGCGAGGUUGCCGAAGAACCCAGAACGCCUUCAAAGUCAAGAUCACGAAGCAAAGGCACCAAGGACGAGGAGGGCGCUGCAAAGAAAAAGGGCAGGCGCAAGCCUCUCCUGGCUACAUACGAGCCCGAUAAACGUCUAGACUCGUGGUUGAAGGUCAAGAAGGACUACAACUCAAGCUUUGAGACAUUGGACAUGAUCCCGGUAGCCGCAUGGCACGGACAAGGCCGCAAGUCCAAAUGGUGGUCGCCGAUCCUCAUGGCCGUCCGUAACGAGGACAGCGGCGCCCUCGAAGUUGUGUGUAAGUGCAUGUCGGGCUUCACCGACGCCUUCUACAAGGCGAACAGGGAACACUACGACGAUGGCGAGCUGGCCGAGAGGCAGAACACGCGUACCCAGAAGCCCGCCUUUGUCGAGUACUCUGGUCCCGAGCCUGACGUGUGGUUCGAGCCACAAGAGGUGUGGGAGAUGGCGUUUGCGGAUAUUACUCUGAGCCCGACAUACACCGCCGCCAUUGGGCUUGUCAGCGACGAGCGAGGUCUGAGCCUGCGGUUUCCUCGAUUUUUGAAGAAGCGGGAGGACAAGAGCAUGGACGAGGCGAGUACUAAUGAGUUCCUUGCUGGUUUGUGGAGGAAGCAGGAGGCGAAGGCGCCGACGAAGGAAGGGCAGGGCGAUGUUGUGGACGAAUUUGAGGAGUAA